AUGAAUGACUUUACGACUCGUUACUUGAGCAGCAUAGGCGGAGCCUGUUGUGCGGAGUUCGCUACUUAUCCUCUUGAUCUAGCCAAGACUCGCCUACAACUUCAAGGCGAGAGAAAUGUUCAGUAUGGUCGGAAACAAGGUCUUUUCGCUGUUUGCAAAGAAGUCGUGCUUAAAGAAGGGAUAAGUAAAUUGUAUUUUGGCAUGUCUCCUGCAAUCUAUCGACACAUUCCGUAUUCGGGCAUCCGAAUGUGUGGCUAUCAAGCAUUGAGACCGCACCUCGGCGAGCGUCCUUCUCUUUUUUCCACAGCUGUCCUUGGCAUGUCAUGUGGCGCCUUCGCGCAAGUCGUCUCAAAUCCGUUCGAUCUCAUCAAGGUUAAAAUGCAAAACGAAGGGAAGAGACGUCUUCAAGGGCUGCCUCCGACUGUUGAUAAACUCCAAUUCUCAGCCUUUUUUAAAAGCACUUUGCGAGCAGGUGGAUGGCGAGCGUUUAUGGCUGGAGCUAUUCCAAAUGCGCAGCGUGCUGCAUUAGUCAAUCUUGGUGAUCUCACCGCGUAUGAUACUUCCAAGAACACUUUCCUCAGAUGGGGGCUGACCGAUUCCUAUUUCACCUACUUCUUGGCCUCCAUGUCUGCUGGCUUAGUCUCUGCAAUCCUUGGUACUCCAGCUGAUGUCAUAAAAACGCGAAUAAUGAAUCAGCCCCUCGACAAAAAUGGCAUAGGAGUUUAUUAUAAAGGAAGUAUGGAUUGUUUGCUCCAAGCGAUAAAAAAUGAAGGGUUUUUCUCCCUUUAUAAGGGGUUUUUACCGUGCUGGUUGCGGAUGGACUGCAAAAAAAUGAAGAAGCGUCGAUCGGCUUUUUCUUUGGCGGCGGCCAUUGAACCGCCAGAGAAAAAGCCUGUGAUGGACGCUCAGAAAUCGGGCAAAAAGAAACGAAAGAAAAAUAAAAAUGUCCCGGUAACUGAAGCAAUCGUAGAAAAGGAUGAGCUUCAGACUGGAUCUUCUGGAACCCAAUCAGAGCAGUGUGAUGAGAUGAGCGCUAUGAGAGCAAUUUUCGCUCGAGAAAAAGCGUCAAAGAAUGGAAAGACUAACGGAACUGAGGAAACUAUCGAGCCGGAAAGUCUUCCAUCCGAAAUCAACCAGGAAGCCUCUGAAGAAACACUUGAUUCUGACCUUGCAUCGAUCUCUGAAGAGCCCAGCUCCUCGAACAUGCCAAAGAAAAGCAAAUUAUUGAGACCACCUACCAUGCCUAUACCUACCUCUGUAUCAGACUCAUUGAAGGAUUCUGCCCGUCUGUUCCAGUGGAUGAUCUGGCCAAUGGACGUCGAAGACUUCAUGCUAAACUACUGGGAAAAGAAGGCCGUUCUCAUUCGACGGAAUAAGGCCGACUAUAACAAUAGCCUCUUCAGUACAUCGCAGCUUGCCAAUAUUAUCCAAAAUAAUCCCGUUCAAUUUGGUGUUAAUAUCGACGUCACAUCAUGGGACAAAAAGAAUGGCCGACAGACUCACAAUGAGCCUGGACGAGCGUGGCCUUCGAAAGUGUGGGACAUGUACAACAAUGGUUGCUCUGUACGAAUGCUCAACCCACAGACUUACUCUAAGUCUAUUUGGAGUGUCUGCCAGGGACUUCAGGAGUUCUUCGGUUGCUUCACCGGUUCUAAUACUUACCUGACACCUCCUAGUACAACAGGGUUUGCUCCGCAUUACGAUGACGUAGAGGUGUUCAUGGUUCAGUCCACUGCCAUAAAAGAAAACGUUGAGUUCCGGCGAGGCCUUCCGACAGACUACAAGCUCAUCAUGGGCGUGUCCAAUAGUGAUCGAGAAGAUCGAGCUGCCGAGCGAGAGCAAUUCAGCAAUGUCGUCAUGUCUCUCAUGCAGAACAUGAUUCAGUACGCAGAUGUGGAUAAAGCAUGCGAUGAAUUAGCGAAGAAUGACACUCAUUGCGCCCUUCCACCGGUGCUAUCCAAGGACGAAGCGAACAGAACUGUCCAAUGGGGAAAGCCAAUUGUUGAAAAUGGCGUCGUCAAGAAUACUUGCUACAAGCUUGAUGAAGACACUGAAAUUCGCCUCUUACGGCAACAAUCUGCACGAGUCAUUAUGGGCGAGGAUAAUGAGAUUAUCCUUUGCCACAGUAAUGACAACCCUAGAAUUUACAAGAAGGAAGAAUUGAAAUCGUACGAAAUAAGCGAGGAUGGGGCCGCUGUUUUUGACGUUCUUACGACUGUAAUGGGUCUCUGUAAAUGUCCGAAGCGAAAAGUCACGAAUCUAUUCUGUUACGAGCAUCGUGUCAAUGUCUGUGAAUAUUGUAUCGUGGAGAGAUAUCCAAAGUGUGUAGUCCAGUCAUACUUGAACUGGCUGAAAGACUCUGACUACGACCCGACAUGCGCGGUAUCUGGAAAGCCACUCGAAGAUAUUGAUCCAGUUCGGCUGAUUUGCUACCACGUCUUUGACUGGCCUGCGCUGAGUCAAAAAUUCUCCGAGUAUCCAUCGAAUACUGCACCCGGAGGAUUCCGCUGUCCGAUUUGCUCUGGGCCAGUCUUUCCACCGGAAAAUCAAGCUGGUCCAGUGGCGGAAGCGUUGCGCGAGCGACUGAAGACAGCUUCUUGGGCUCGUGUAGGCCUUGGUCUCCCACUCAUCCCUGAAGCAGACGAAGAGGAGGAGAAAAACAAUAACAAUAGUUCGUUGAAAUCUUGGGACGCGCCAGAGACCUUCAAUCCUGUUAACAAUCGAAUCGCGACUCCCCUCUGCACUUCUACUCCUGUAAGCACGCAUGCCCUGACCGAGUCCGAAGUGACAAAUAGAGAAAAGCUCAAGCGUCAACUUGACUACGCUUCAAAGGAAGUGGCCUUGCCGGUAGAUAAUGAGGAUCCCGAUGAGAAUAAAUACGCCAGGAGAAAACCUACAGGCUUCUUGUCAAAAUUGAUCAAAGCCCACGAAAUCCAUCCUAAAUACAGGGACGAUACCGAUAUUACCCAAAAGACUUUGUUCAUGAUAUUUAUCGCGGUCAUUGGCGUUUUCACAGUUCUGUUCUUCCUGACCAAGGUUGGUCGAUCUCGCGCCGACCACGAUCCCUUCUUGGACCCAAUCAACAAUCCCAAUAUUCAUAACGCUGACGUCGGAGUCGAUGUGAAUGUUGGAGAUAAUUAG